GGGUGGAGCCCUGGGAUUGGAGCUGGCUUUCUCUCAUGCCAGGGCCGACGGGAGGCUUUUGGGAUACACCGAUUACUCACCAGCCUCCCCCUUUUGUCUGCCAGUACAGCCUGACCCCUUGAGAUUGUGAACACUCUAUCUAGCCUGGGAAGCGGGCUGGACGGCUGAGCCAGGCCACAUCCAGAGUGGCCCAUGCUGUGGCCAGAGCCCUCCACCAGGCUGGGGGGCCGCUGGCCUGGCCUCCUGCCCAUACUUCUGGCUCUCCUUGGCAUGGCCCGGACAGAGGUGGAGGUGCUGCUGCCGCAGGAGGAACAGGCUCCCGCGCCUGGAGGGGGCCUGACCUUGUCUCCCACCCCAGCUCUGAGCAGUAAGGAGACGUUCCUGCUCCUGUCCCUCCACAACCGCCUGCGCAGCCGGGUGCACCCUCCUGCAGCCAACAUGCAGAGAAUGGACUGGAGCGAGAGCCUGGCUCGAUGGGCUCAGGCCAAGGCGGCUCUCUGUGGUGCCCCAGCCCCGAAGUCUGCAUCGGCACCUCGAGCCAUGCAGCAAGUGGGCUGGAACGUGCAGCUGCUGCCCGUGGGUUCAGCAUCUUUCGUCCACGUGGUGGGCCUGUGGUUCGCAGAGGGGCAGCGGUACAGCUACACAGCAGCCGAGUGUGCCCCCAAUGCCACCUGCACCCACUACACUCAGCUCGUGUGGGCCACCUCGAGCCAACUGGGCUGCGGGCGGCAGCCCUGCUCUGGGGCCCAGGCGGAGAUUGAAGCCUUCGUCUGCGCCUAUUCUCCUGGAGGCAACUGGGAGCUAAACGGGAAGACAAUCUCUCCCUAUAAGAAGGGCUCCUGGUGCUCUCUCUGCACGGCCAGCGUCUCAGGCUGCUUCAAAGCCUGGGACCACGCAGGGGGGCUCUGUGAGGUCCCCAGGAACCCAUGUCGCAUGAGCUGCCGGAACCACGGACGUCUCAACAUCAGCACCUGCCACUGCCAUUGUCCCCCUGGCUACACAGGCAGAUACUGCCAAGUGCGGUGCAGCGUGGAGUGCGUUCAUGGCCGGUUUCGGGACGAGGAGUGUUCCUGCGUCUGUGACGUCGGCUAUGGGGGAGCCCAGUGUGCCACCAAGGUGCGCUUCCCCUUCCACACUUGUGACCUGAGGAUCGACGGAGACUGCUUCAUGGUGUCCUCAGAGGCAGACACCUACUACGGAGCCAAGAUGAAAUGCCAGGGAAAGGGCGGGGUGCUAGCCCAGAUUGAGAGCCAGAAAGUUCAGGACAUCCUCGCCUUCUACCUGGGCCACCUGGAGACCACCAACGAGGUGACCGACAGCGACUUUGAGACCAGAAACUUCUGGAUCGGUUUGGCAACUGCGUGGAGCUGCAGGCAUCAGCCGCCUUCAACUGGAAUGACCAACGUUGUAAAACCCGGAACCGUUACAUCUGCCAGUUUGCGGAGGAGCACAUGUCCCGGUGGGCCGUGGGACCCUGAGACUCAGCCAGGCCUCUCCCUUGCCAGCCUCCCGAGGCACAGCCCUGCGUGCCCAUCUGCACACCUGCCUGGAACAAGGGCCAAGCCAGGGCUGCAAGCCCAACAUCCACAGCGGUCGCAGACCCUGUGGGAAGUGAGGCAGGGGGCACAAGUCAGACCCAGAGAGGGCUGGGGCCCCUCAGCCUGCUUUCAUUGGGAAGAUGGGUGUCAGGCGCCCAGGGCCGGCAGUCAGAAGAGACCACUCUCCUCCGUGUGUGCCGGACCCUGUGGGGCAGAUGGGGGUCCUCACUGCCCAGGGUGCACCCCACAAAGGAUUAAACUAAGUUAUGAAUCACUUGUGCCUGCUUGUUUUGAAGGGGAAUCUAGCCGAGUCAGGAUGAUCCUGGGAAUACCAGAGGGUGCCUGAGGCUUUCCUGCUGGUUGCCCACCCCCGACCCCAGUCCCUUCCCUGCUCACCCAUAUGACCCAGACCACCCUCUGGAAGUUUUCUGGUGUUAGCCCCUGAAUGAUGCACAGAUUUGGAAGCCCUGUUUGCAUCCCUGACUUCCUGUUCCAGCUCCCUCUCACCGCUGCCUCUGUCGGCUUUGCGCUUCUGCCCACACCCUCUCCCUGUAUUCACCGUGCCCGCCCCUACAUGUUCCCGCUUUCUUUGUGAUUAUCGGAACUGGGGCGGGUUAUGGCCCCGUUGCCCUCCUCUCCCUUCAGUGGUGAGAGCGGCCGUGGGGGCAGGUGAAGACUGGCAGGUGCCAUCAUUAGCGUCCAGAAUGCACCCCUACCCAGUUGCAUGCUGUUAUGUGUGAACAUUAAGUUGCUUUGCUGGUUGGAGGUGGGAGUGUGGCCCGGGGUCAUGAACGGAGAGAAGUGUAGCAGCCACAGUUUCUAUUGUGGUUGUAAGCAGUAGAAACAUAGAAACAGUUGUGACUUAAUCACGGCAGAAAAGGAACUCAUCAAAAAGACAAUGAUUGGGGCGCCUGGGUGGCGCAGUCGGUUAAGCGUCUGGCUUCGGCCAGGUCACGAUCUCGCGGUCCAGGAGUUCGAGCCCCGCGUCAGGCUCUGGGCUGAUGGC